CUUCCAUUACCGGAGCUGAGACUGAGUCUGCCUCAGAAUGUACUACAGACACUGACUCUGCCUCCAACUGUGGCUCAGAGAACAGUAGCAUGGCUACAGGGAGUGCCCAAGGCAACUUCACUGGACAUACAAAGAAAACUAAUGGCAAUAAUGGCGCCAACGGAGCACUCGUCCAAAGCACUUCUAACCAGAGUGCCCUUGGAGCUGGUGGAGCAAACGGCAACGGCAGCUCGGCCAGGGUGUGGGGGGUGGCUGCGGGCUCCAGCUCUGGCCUAGCUCACUGCUCUGCCAGUGGUGGGGAUGGAAAGAUGGACAACAUGAUGGGAGACGCUAGAAGUCAGAACUGCUGGGGUGCUUCCAACUCGAAUGCUGGCAUUAAUCUUAACCUUAACCCUAAUGCCAAUCCAGCUGCCUGGCCUGUACUUGGACAUGAAGGAACUGUGGGAGCAGGCAACCCUUCCAGUAUUUGCAGUCCAGUCAGUGCCAUAGGUCAGAACAUGGGCAACCAGAAUGGGAACCCAACAGGCACCUUAGGUGCUUGGGGAAACUUGCUGCCGCAAGAGAGCACAGAACCACAAACGUCCACUUCUCAGAAUGUGUCUUUCAGCGUACAACCUCAGAACCUUAACACUGAUGGACCAAAUAACACUAACCCCAUGAACUCUUCACCAAACCCUAUCAAUGCAAUGCAGACAAACGGACUGCCGAACUGGGGGAUGGCCGUGGGCAUGGGGGCCAUCAUCCCGCCCCACCUGCAAGGCCUUCCUGGUGCUAACGGAACAGCGGUUUCUCAAGUCAGCGGGGGCAGUGGUGAAGGAAUGGGCAGUUCAGUAUGGGGCAUGUCCCCAGGUAAUCCUGCCGCAGGAAACAGCAAUUCUGGGUUCAGUCAGGGGAAUGGAGACACUGUGAACUCAGCAUUAAGUGCUAAACAAAACGGAUCCAGCAGCGCUGUGCAGAAGGAAGGGAACGGAGCGAACGCGUGGGACUCGGGGCCCCCCUCUGGCCCCGGGGUCCUGGCGUGGGGCAGGGGCGGGGGCGGGGUUGGCAGUGUGCAUUCUGGGGCCUGGGGCCACCCCAGCCGCAGCGCCAGCAACGGUGUCAACGGGGAGUGGGGCAAGCCCCCAAACCAGCAUUCCAAUAGCGACAUCAAUGGGAAAGGAUCAACAGGGUGGGAUAGCUCGAGUGUUACCAGUCCAAAUCCUGCCAUGCAGCAGGGCAAUGAACAAAUGAACUCUUGGGCCAAAGCUGCAGCAUCUGGCACCACGGCUAGUGAAGGAAGCAAUGACAGCGGUGGGAGUCAAAAUGAAGGCAGUACUGGGAGGGAGGGGGCUGGAGAGGGCAGGAGGAGAGACAAAGGGAUGAUAGACCAAGGGCAAGUUCAGUUGCCAAGAAAUGACCUUGACCCCAGGGUCCUGUCCAAUACGGGGUGGGGACAGACCCCUGUGAAGCAAAACACUGCCUGGGAAUUUGAAGAGUCCCCAAGGUCUGAACGGAAGAAUGACAAUGGAACUGAGGCCUGGGGUUGUGCAGCUACUCAAUCUUCAAACUCAGGGGGGAAGAACGAUGGGUCCAUCAUGAACAGUACAAAUACCUCUUCAGUAUCUGGGUGGGUCAACUCUCCACCGGCAGCUGUUCCAACAAAUACAGGUUGGGGAGACAAUAACAACAAAGCACCAAAUGGCCCAGGGGGGUGGGGAGAGUCAGCAAGCUCUACUACUGUUAAUAAUGCUGCUGCUGCCAAAAGCGGCCACGCUUGGAGUGGGACCGCAAAUCAGGAGGACAAAUCACCUACCUGGGGUGAACCUCAGAAACCCAAAUCUCAAAACUGGGGAGAUGGACAGAAAUCAAAUCCAAGCUGGACUUCAGGAGGUGGAGACUGGACAGAUUCAUCAUCUGUUCCUGGACACUUGGGUGAUGGGAAGAAGAAUGGAUCUGGAUGGGAUUCUGAUAGUAGAUCGGGGUCCGGCUGGAAUGAUUCCACAAAGUCUGGGACCAGUGGGUGGGGGAAUGGCACAAACAGCAAGGCUAAUACAGGUACAAGUUGGGGGGAAUCUUUAAAGCCAGGCCCCCAACAAAAUUGGGCUAAUAAACCCCAGGACAACAAUGUGAGUAACUGGGGAGGAGCUGCUUCUGUAAAACAGACGGGGUCAGGGUGGGUUGGUGGGCCAGUGCCAGCCAAACAAAAAGAGAACUGUGAGGCAACUGGCUGGGAAGAGCCAUCUCCACCGUCCAUUCGCCGCAAGAUGGAAAUCGAUGAUGGUACCUCAGCUUGGGGCGACCCAAAUUACAACAACAACAAGACUGUAAACAUGUGGGAUAGAAAUAAUCCUAUAAUUCAGAGCAGUACCACAACCAACACCGCCACCACUAGCACCAUUAUCAACACCAACAUGGUUGAACCUCAGCCAUCGCACCAGUCAAGUGCCCAGCCAAACCGGUCCCCGCUGCUUGGCCCAGCAGGCUGGGGAGAGAUGCCUGCUGUCCACACCAAGAGCGAAGCUUCCUGGGGAGAGCCCUCCUCCCCUUCUGCUGCAGUUGAUAAUGGCACUUCGGCCUGGGGGAAGCCCCCCAGCAGUGGGGCCGGGUGGGGAGAGAAUCCUGCCGAGCCAGCAGGGACCUAUGGAAGAACAAACGCUCCAGCUGCUGCCCCAGCACUGUGCAAACCAGCUUCAAAAUCUAUGCAAGAAGGCUGGGGCAGUGGUGGGGAUGAAGUGAAUCUCAGUACUAGUCAGUGGGAAGAUGAAGAAGGAGAUAUGUGGAAUAAUACUGCUUCACAAGAGAGCAGCUCCUCCUGUAAUUCCUGGGGGAAUGCCCCAAAGAAAGGACUUCAAAAGCCCAAAACAAAUCCGCGCUUGUCCCUUGGUACUUUCUGGAGAACUGAAAGGAAGAGACUUCUUAAGGAUUUUGUGAUAGAAAAGCUGCACAGAGAUCUUUUAAAGGGCAUGAAGACAUCUAGCAAGCAGGAUGAGGCCUGGAUCAUGAACCGUCUGAUAAAACAGCUCACAGACAUGGGCUUCCCUAGAGAGCCAGCGGAAGAGGCCUUGAAGAGCAACAGUAUGAAUCUCGAUCAGGCCAUGAGUAAGUAUCUGUGUGCUCUGCUGGAAAAGAAGGUGGAAAUGGACAAGCGUGGAAUGGGAGUGACCGACUAUAAUGGAAUGGUCACCAAACCCCUUGGCUGCCGCCCACCACCAAUCUCCAAAGAGUCUUCCAUGGACCGCCCCACCUUCCUUGACAAGCUCACCCUUUCUUUCUCCAAUCAGGAUGGCGGCCUAGUGGAAGAGCCCACUACUUCACCAUUUUUGCCUUCACCAAGCCUGAAGCUCCCCCUUUCAAACAGUGCACUCCCUAAUCAGACCCUGGGCGGGAUUGCCUCAGGGCUGGGCAUGCAAAACUUGAAUUCUUCUAGACAGAUACCGAGUGGCAAUCUGGGUAUGUUUGGCAAUAGCGGAGCAGCACAAGCCAGGACCAUGCAACAGCCGCAGCAACCGCCAGUGCAACCUCUUAAUUCAUCCCAGCCUAGUCUUCGUGCUCAAGUGCCUCAGUUUCUAUCCCCUCAGGUUCAAGCACAGCUUUUGCAGUUUGCAGCAAAAAACAUUGGUCUCAGCCCUGCACAGUUAACCUCGCCAAUUAAUAAUCCUCAGCAUAUGACGAUGUUGAACCAGCUCUAUCAGCUGCAGCUGGCGUACCAACGUUUACAAAUCCAGCAGCAGAUGUUACAGGCUCAGCGUAACGUUUCCGGACCCAUGAGACAACAGGAGCAGCAAGUUGCACGUACAAUCAAUAACAUGCAGCAGCAGAUCCAGCAGCACCAGCGCCAGCUGGCCCAGGCCCUGCUUAUGAAGCAGCAGCCUCCCCCUCCACAUCUAUCUUUGCACCCCUCUGCAGGCAAAUCAGCCAUGGAUAGCUUUUCACCCCAUCCCCAGGCUCCCGGCCUUCCUGACCUGCAGACCAAAGAGCAACAGUCUUCACCGAACACCUUUGCUCCUUACCCUCUUGCUGGACUGAACCCGAACAUGAAUGUAAAUAACAUGGACAUUACUGGUGGUUUGUCAGUGAAGGACACUUCUCAGUCCCAGUCUCGCCUUCCUCAGUGGACACACCCCAACUCAAUGGAUAAUCUGUCUAGUGCUGCUUCUUCGCUUGACCAGAACUCCAGCAAGCACGGUGCUAUCCCUGGAGGUUUGAGCAUUGGUCCUCCGGGCAAGUCCUCCCUCGAUGACUCCUACGGCCGCUAUGAUCUGAUCCAGAACAGUGAGUCUCCUGCCAGCCCACCUGUAGCUGUUCCUCACAGCUGGUCACGUGCCAAAUCUGAUAGUGAUAAGAUUUCCAAUGGCUCCAGCAUCAACUGGCCACCAGAGUUUCACCCAGGAGUGCCAUGGAAAGGACUGCAGAAUAUUGAUCCUGAAAAUGACCCUGAUGUUACUCCUGGCAGUGUUCCUACUGGGCCUACCAUAAACACCACCAUCCAGGAUGUGAAUCGCUAUCUGCUCAAGAGUGGAGGGUCAUCCCCAACAUCAUCUCAGAAUGCCACGCUGCCUUCAUCGAGUGCCUGGCCGCUUAGUGCCUCCGGCUACAGUAGCUCUUUCAGCAGCAUUGCAUCUGCACCUAGCAUUGCAGGUAAACUGUCAGACAUCAAGUCCACGUGGUCCUCUGGCCCAAUCUCUCACACCCAAGCCUCUCUGUCCCACGAACUCUGGAAGGUUCCCAGAAACACUACAGCUCCAACGAGACCUCCUCCAGGCUUAACCAACACCAAGCCAUCCUCCACGUGGGGUGCCAGUCCCCUGGGCUGGACCAGCUCUUCUUACUCCUCUGGUUCUGCAUGGAGUACUGACAGCUCAGGGAGAACAAGCAGCUGGCUGGUUCUUCGGAACCUCACCCCCCAGAUCGAUGGUUCCACGCUGCGGACACUGUGUUUGCAGCACGGCCCUCUCAUCACAUUCCACUUGAACCUGACCCAAGGGAAUGCUGUGGUCCGAUACAGUUCCAAGGAGGAAGCAGCCAAGGCCCAGAAGUCUCUGCACAUGUGUGUCCUGGGCAACACGACGAUCCUGGCGGAGUUUGCUGGUGAGGAAGAAGUGAACCGGUUCCUGGCGCAGGGGCAGGCGCUGCCGCCCACCUCCAGCUGGCAGUCCAACACUGGAUCCACCCCGAGCCGCCUGGGCUCCUCGGGCAGCUCCCACGGGCUGGUGCGCCCCGACGCCGGCCACUGGAACCCCCCGUGCCUGGGGGGCAAGGGCAGCAGCGACCUGCUCUGGGGGGGGGUGCCCCAGUACUCCAGCAGCCUUUGGGGACCCCCCAGCGCCGACGACGGCAGAGUCAUCGGGAGCCCCACGCCCCUCAACACCCUCCUGCCGGGGGAUCUGCUCAGCGGGGAGUCCAUCUAGGAGAGGAGCAAACAGAAUGGAAAUAACAAUCAUCAGCACUA